CGGCGCCACCGCCGCCGCCGCGGAGAGGGCGGGAGGAGACCCGGAUGAGGCGGCGGCGGGCAGGGAGCGGCGGCCGGCACCGGAGGGGGGGCCGCAGCCAUUAACCCUCGGCCCUGGCGCAGCGCCCGCCUGCGGCCGCGGCCCCCGGGGUGGCGGCGGCGGCGGCGGCGGCGCGGUGAGGGCAGCGCGGGCACAGGUGCGCGGGCGCGGGGGCGAGGAUGCUGCUGGUCUACGUGAUCCUGCUCUCGGCGCUGGCCGGCUCCUUCAUCACGCUGCUGCUCCAGCUCCUGCUCCUCUACAGGAAGAAGCCGGAGCCGCCCGGGACGGCCCGAGCCCCCGGCGGCCUCGUCUACUCCCGCGUCGCGUCUGACUGCAGCCUCAGGGACUACCUCCAGGGCCCGGAGCCGGCGGGCGGCCCGGCGCCCUCGGAGCCGGCCCCGGCUCCGGCAGCCGCCGCGGCUGCCCCGGCGGAGCCCAGCGCCAAGCAGCAGCCGCAGGAGUCCCCUGCGGCCCCCUCGUCCCAGGAGGAGACCUGCCACUUCCUCAAUGCCAUCUUCCUCUUCCUCUUCAGGGAGCUCAGGGACACGGCCCUGGUCAGGAACUGGGUGACGAAGAAGAUCAAGGUGGAGUUCGAGGAGCUGCUCCAGACCAAGGUGACAGGGAAGAUGCUGGAGGGGCUUAGCCUCAGGGACGUCUCUCUUGGGAACGUCUUGCCUGUCUUCAAAACUGUCAAGCUCAUUCGGCCCGUGAUCUGCAAUGAAGAGGGCUGCCCCGAGGAGCUGGGCUUCGAGGUCGACCUGGAAUACAACGGUGGCUUCCACUUGGCCAUCGAUGCAGACCUGGUCUUUGGCAAGUCAGCCUAUCUCUUUGUCAAGAUCUCCCGGGUGAUGGGGAAGCUGAAGCUGGUCUUCACGCGCCUGCCCUUCACGCACUGGUCCUUUUCUUUUAUGGAUGACCCUGUGAUAGUCUUCGAAGUGAAAUCUCAGUUUGAAGGGAGGCCUAUGCCUCAGCUCACUUCCAUCAUUGUGAACCAGUUCAAGAAAGUUAUUAAGCGCAAACACACCUUACCCAAUUAUAAAAUCAGGUUCAAGCCAUUUUUUCCAUUUCAAGUACCGUCACCUGAUAACUAUGAAGAUCGAGACCUCUGUAUACAGGAUUUUCCCUUGACAGAAGGUCGACUAAAAGUCACAUUAAUUGAAUGUACGAGGUUACUUAUAUUUGGAUCCUAUGAAAGAGAAACAAAUGUUCACUGCACAAUGGAGCUGAGCAGUAAUGUUUGGGAAGAAAAAUCAAGGAGUUCAAUUAAAACGGCAGAACUAGUUAAAGGAAAUCUGCAAAGUGUUGGACUAACGCUCCGCCUUGUGCAAUCCAAAGAAGAUGAUGCAGGGCAUGUUAUUAUUGAAACAGUUACUCCGAACUCUCCUGCUGCAGCUGCUGAUCUACAGAGGGGAGAUAGACUUCUAGCAAUUGGCAGUGUUAAAAUUACGUCAACUGUCCAAGUGUUGAAGCUCAUUAGACAGGCUGGGGACAGAGUUUUAGUGUUUUAUGAAAGGCCUGUUGGGUAUAAUCAGCAUGGUUCAGCACUGCAGGAUGGAUUUGGACAAUUGGAAGACACUACUUUUUUGACACAGCCAGAAGAUGACCAAGCUAGUAUAUCAGCUGAUGUUGAAAAUAAAGAUUUUGAUUCAGAAUUCGAGGACUUAGCAUGCGAGUCACCUGAUCAAAAAGAAGAUAUGCCAACAACUCAGAGUCCCAAACGUUCAGCAGUAAUAUUUUCUACUAAACCACUUGGACCUAUAUCUCCGAUUCUGAAUCGAAAACUACUUUUAGGAAACUAUCAAACAACAUCAAAAGCACAACAAAAAGAUGGAGGUAAAGUGGCCACACCCAAAACUUCCGAGAGUUCAGAUAUGUCACAGCAAUCAGGUAAGCAGUCACAAGGAUCUAGUAAUAAGCCUCCAGUACCACCGAGACCACAAAAUAAGCCUACUUUGCCUACUAGUGAAACUCAAAAUCUGUUAGAACCUGGAGGUGUAUCUUCUGAGAAACCAGAGAGGCCACCUCCACCUACAAAUAAUGUAGAUAAAUGUACAGAGAAGGUAGUAAAGAAUAAUGAUCAAAUAGAAGACCCAGUGGUACCAAAAGUAAUAACAGUACCAAAACAAGAUGGAUUAAAAGAUGGAAUUUCAGAAAAUGCACGUAGUUGUAGAGAUAGCGGAGAUGAUCAUCAACCAUGGGAAUCGCCAGAAAUUCCUUAUCGAAUCCGGCUAGGUCGAUGGCCAAGGACAAGAGCAUCCUCCUGUAUAUUUGAAGUAGAAGGAUACCAUAAGUACCUUAAUGUAGCACUGUGGUGCAGAGACCCUUUCAAAGCAGGUGGUUUUAUCUGCUUAGGAUAUGCAAGCAUAAAACUUGAAGAAGUUGCUUUAGAUUGUAUAGCUACAUCAUCCAUGGAAUAUAUUAGAACAUUUAAAUUGGAUGCUCCUACACCUAAAGCAGCAGUCACUAGAACGGCAUUGCGGAAUUUAACAACGCAUAAGGGAUUCAAUGAAAAAUUUUGCUAUGGCGAUCUAACUUUACACUUUAAAUAUUUAAAAGAAGGAGAAUUAGAUGAUUCAAACUUUCUGCUAGAGAAAGAACAGGAAUGUCAGUUGGAAGAAGAAGGUCGUGCAGUUCAGAAAGAGGAUCCUUAUUUGGGACAAAUUAUUUUUACCGAGAACAAGCAUAACUUUCAAGAUACUCAGUUUCAGAAUCCAAUUUGGUGUGAUUAUUGCAAAAAGAAGGUUUGGACUAAGGCAGCUUCACAGUGCAUGCUCUGUGCUUAUGUUUGCCAUAAAAAAUGUCAAGAAAAAUGUCUAACUGAGACACCCUUUUGUGUAGGAGCUGAAAAGAGACUUGAUCGGACUGCGGGAGGUUGUAGAGCAGAAGGACAGGAAGCUUCACAAGCUGUAUCCUCUCGUGUUGAUGCAGAAUCUAAAUCUGUUAAUAAAACUACAGGUUUGACGAGGCAUAUCAUCAAUACAAGCACCCGUUUGUUAAAUCUUCGUCAAGUCCCCAAAGCUCGCCUUUCUGAGCAAGGAACAGACGUUGUAGAACCUUCACCAAAGCACACACCAAACACUUCUGAUAAUGAAAGUAGUGACACUGAAAUCAGUGGUCCAAAUAGUCCUUCAAAGCGUGCAUCAGGCACAGGGGUAAAGUUGGUGAGAAAGGAAGGUGGUCUAGAUGACAGUGUCUUUAUUGCAGUUAAAGAAAUUGGACGUGAUCUCUAUAGAAGUUUACCCACAGAGGAGCGAUUUCAGAAAUUGGAAUUCAUGUUGGAUAAGUUGCAGAAUGAGAUAGACCAGGAGCUGGAAAAUAAUAAUUCACUCAUUAAAGAAGAAAAAGAGACAAAUGAUGCAAGGAAAAAAGCAUUAAUUUCUACUGCACUGGCUAAAUCAGGUGAAAGACUGCAGGCCCUUACACUGCUCAUGAUCCACUACAGAGCUGGCAUUGAGGAUAUAGAAUCUUUGGAAAACACAUCAUUAGACCGGCAGUCAAGAAAAGUGACUAAAGAUUCAGAGGAAGCCAAUAUAGCAGAAGAAAUGGAUAAUGAAGAUGUCAGUCUGACAGAGGCUCCAACAUUGAACAUCAUAUCAGAAGAACCAGUUGAUCCACCUCAAUCAGUAGACUGAUACUUAUAUAUUUAGCCUUUGAAAAAACAGACUAAAAAUAAUACUUUGCACUUAAUCAUAAACACAUAAAAAUUAAAUUAAAACACUGGUAUAAUGUACAUGACCUGCUUCUCCACAGUUAUUUGCCUGUGUAAAAGUACAGAUAAUAAUGGUUUUUCUCUAGCUAUGGCACCAUCAUUUUGUUAAAACUGGCUGAUUAAAAUUGUGUUAAAACUACAUUUUUGGAUUUAUAUUGGAAGUUUAUUUUUAAUAAUUUAUUUUUAAUUUUUCAAAGUAUGUAACCUUACCAUUUUACAUUAAUCUGUGUGGUGUCAUCAGUGUAUUACUUGCCCCCUUUUUUUGAAUUCAUGCUUUCAAAAGGAAAUAGUCAGGAUUUUUGAAAUGUUUAAUUUCCAUUGUAUGAGGAAAAAGUUACAAGCUUGUUGCUUGCCUAGGCUGAUGACAGACACAGAAAUCAUUGAGGGACCAGGCUUUAAAACUUUGAUCUAAUCACAGUUGUUGUAGGUCUUCUAGAUAGUUCUGUAUCUCUUGCCAAACAUAUCAUGAAAGCAAAUAAAGUAAUUUUUAUUUUGUCUAUUAUUAAUAUCUAGUAAAGGUAUCAUUGUAUAUCAAGUCAUUGGCUUUCCAUAUUUUUGUUAAAUACAAGAACUUUGCAUAGUUUGUAAUUAACAUGAAAUAUAGUAAUGCUGUGGUAAAAAAUUACCUCCUUAGAACUUUGGGAUAUUGCAUCCUGCUUGAAUAAUACUAGGUAUUAAAGUACAUACCAGUAUCUCUUAAUUUAAUUGGGAAUAUUUUUGAGAUAAAAGUGGCUGGUUGCCUUCCAGAACAUAACUGUGUCUUUAAAUAUUGUUCUAGUAUCUGAUAACCUGAUAAAAGAAAACUACUUGCUAGGAGUUGGAGGUUUUAUUGCACUCCAUGAAACAGCAUGUGAUGACAAUUUAAGAUUUCAAACAUUUUAAUAUUUUGCCACAGAUUUUAUCAUUUCAGAGAGCUUGUGACACUUUACCCAAAAAUUUUGAGAAACAUUAUGUUUAGCUAUUUUGUAAUCAUAUAUUGAUAAACUGCAUUCAGCUUCUCAAAUGGAAGAGAUGGUCUGAGCAAGAUGACCAGCUUUUCCAGAAAAAUGUCCUAUAGUGUAUAUAACAUGUUUUUGGGGGGUCAAAAUAAGUGAGUCCAGUAGAGACAAAGAAGAAUUUCAGCCAGCAGCUUUUGGAAAGAAUCAUCUGGUCUUGUGCUAUGUGUAAAUUGUGGAUCUUAGCAUCAUGUGGCUAUGGCCAUUGUUCUUAUUUAUUUCCUAUAAACAUGUCUUUUUCAUCUUCUGUGUAUAGAAAUGAGGUAUACAAUAUCAUCUUUAUUUUAGGUACUGUUAGAUACUGAUAUCAUUAUCACUGGUAUCACUGAUUGUAGAAAAAAUGCCUUUGUGGAAAAGGAGUUGAAUCUAAGAUGGUAAAAUAGUUUCUUUAAAUUGUGAGGCAGCCUGUAAUGUACUUUUCCACAAAAUUUGCUUCUCAAUUUAUUUUGUGAUAGGCAAAAAAAGAAGCAAUGGUUUCACAGAUGGAGAAACAUACUUGUACUUCUAAGCAAAACAUUACUUCCACUCAUGCAACUACUUGCACUUUUUUGUGAGUUCUGGGCAGUUGAUAAUUAUUUAGUUAAUGUAUGGAAAACACUGUCCAUGCUAAAAUAGGUGUGUCACACUUCUGAAAUUAUGCUUCAGCAAAUAAUCACACAAAACUAGCUUCCCUUAUUGACAAAAAGUUAUAUAACCUAUACUUGCUUGAGAUGCAUAAUAAGACUCUCCCACUUCAUUUUCUCAGUGGCUUACCAUUGGUGGUGAUCUGCAUUAAAUCUCCAUCAGUGUUUGCUCUUACGGACUACUAUAGAAGUUUUCAAAUAUAUCCAAGUACUUCAUUUAAACCCUGGUACACAUGAAGGAGCUGCAAAAACAAUGCAAAUAAUGAUUUCACAAAAAUGCAUUCAAUGUUUUAAAUUUACUUGUGUAAUACAGUGGGUAUGAAAAGCUGGAUAUAGUUUUCCUCCUAUAGUAUUGCUAAUGAUGAUUGUAAGAGAUAAAUGUAGUGCAAUAUUUUUAAGUAUACUGAAUGGGGAAAGGGUGCAAGAUAGUUGUAUUUUAGUGAUAAGAAGGAAAAUGGAAAAUUCCUAUUUGGCAUUAAUUACAAUAAAUAGUAAAUCUUGAGGGGAAAAUUGUAAUACUGCGUUCCUGAUGUAAUCUUUGCUUCAUGCUUGACUGUAAAUAGCUGAAAAUAAAGAAUACCACAGAAAAUAAAUAUCUUGACUUAGUGAUAUCUGAAUAGGUGGCAGCUACACACAUUUACAGAAACUCUGCCUAAUAUGAUUUUGUUGGCUAUUAUUUUAUCAUGAAAACAAGCUUUAAUAAAAUAGUUUUGCUAAAUUAUAAA